AAAGCUGCAAGGUGCAAAGUAGAAAGAACUAUCGAGCCCUAGCGGUUUUGCCAUCUUCUCUCACUCACUCUACUGCUCGCCGCCCUCUCUCUUUCUCUCGAGUCAAUCAAAGCAGAUCCAACCAGUUGGUCCAGUUUUCUGGCAUGGGAAGCAGAGAAGAGUCGGAUGUUGAUGACGACUUUAAUGAAAUUUACAAGGCAUACACUGGCCCCGUGGUUUCUAAUUUACCAAAUGAACCAGAAAAAACAAGCAAAAGGUCACAUGCAGGUUCUGACGAAGAGGAGCAAACUCGUGAUCCUAAUGCUGUCCCAACAGAUUUUACUAGCCGCGAAGCAAAAGUUUGGGAAGCCAAAUCUAAGGCUACAGAGAGGAAUUGGAAGAAGAGGAAAGAAGAAGAAAUGAUUUGCAAACUAUGUGGUGAAUCUGGUCACUUUACUCAGGGUUGCCCGUCUACUCUUGGAGCUAAUCGCAAGUCGCAAGACUUCUUUGAAAGGGUACCUGCAAGAGAUCCUCACGUGAAGGCUUUGUUCUCAGAAGAUGUAGUAAACAAGAUUGAGAAAGAUAUUGGAUGUACUAUAAAAAUCAACGAGAAAUUCAUAAUUGUCAGUGGCAAGGACAGGUUGAUCUUGAAGAAAGGUGUCGAUGCUGUUCAUAAGAUUAGAGAAGAGGGUGAUAAUAAGGGUGUUCAUAAAUAUGUUGAGGAGGGUGAGCGCAAAGGUUCGUCAAGCUCCCCAAUUUCACAGUCCAGAUCAUUUGAACGUAGAAGUCCUGUUAUCUCUCGACUAGGACGAUCUGGAUCCCAAAAGUCCAAUUCCAGCCCCCACCGUGCUGCACAUAUAUAUCAUAGAUAUGGCAGACAAGAGAAAAGUGUGGAAAAUCGUGUGCGAGAAGAUCUUCAAAAACUCUCAAGUGUCUCUCCCCGUGCAAAAGCUUAUGGUAUUGAUGGAGGUAGAGGUCGGUCAAGCCAUUCCAAGUCUCCAGUCCGUCCUUCUUACGCAGCAAACUCCUUUAACUCAUAUGAAGGCCAUUCUCAGAAUAGAAGCAGCUUCAGGGCAGAUGGAUGGAGUGCUGACAGAGGUAGAUCUGCUAUGCAGCCGGAAAGUAAGUUUGAAUGCCCUUCCUUUCUCCAGACACUGGAGGAUUUGGAGUUGCAGUAUAAAAGGGAGGCUAUGGAACUUGCUAAACUUCGGGACAAAGAAGAAGAUGAUGAAAAUUUCAAGCAUCGUGAGGCUGUUACAGAGAUGAGGGAGAAUUUCAUGAGAAAAGUAGCUACACUAAAGAAUGAACAUGCGAAUAUGUGGGAAGAGUUUCUUCAGUUACAUGAACAGAGGAGGCAACAAGCAUGUCAACACAUUCCUGAAUCUGGUUUUGCUGGUUAUAAGCAACCGAGUUACCCAGACUUUGACGGUUCCGAAAAUCUUUAUCACUCUGGACCUGGUAGUAUGCACUCAAGGGGCAGGUUUCCAAAUGCUAUGGAGUGUUAUCCCUCUAAUAGGUCUCAUGACAAUUAUGACGAUUUCCAGCAUCGCAGGCGUGGUGACUUUGGGAAAGCUUAUAAUCGAUACUGAAUUUUCUUGGAAAAAUGGAAAUCGGCUAUUAUUGUUGGUUGGCUGCACAUGUUGCACUCGGAGCACUCUGUCUAGGUAAGUAUGCAUAUUUGUCAUGCAUUCAUGUCAGCCCUAGAAUGCAGCAUUUUUUCUCCCUCGUGGGUAGCAUCUCUGUUGCUUCCAGUCUUCGUAGGAAUGCCUCUGUAAUCCAAAAAUCCACUGUUUACAAUGCAACUAUGUAAUUUUGGGUUUUAGGUAAGAGAUUGGUAAAGAGAGGUUUAUUGAUCCUAUUGAUGUUAGGGGCUUUUCGAAUCAAUUUUUUUUUUGUUUUGUCAGCAAAUCAGAUGAUCUGUUGUUACAUGGCCUCGUUAAUGAGCCAGCUGUGUUUCUAUA